UCUAAAAUAAAAUUUUAAAAGUUAAUAAUUUAAUAUAAUGAUUAUAUUGUUAUAGUCAAUUUAACCAUUUCAAUCCAACAGCCAGGAGGGCUUUCCAUAACUCAUCAGCAAGGAGCGUAACCACAGAGAUCCAAACACGUUCAACAAUAUUAAUAUUACGAUUCAAAAAGUCAAUUUAACUAUUUGCAGAGCACACCUGCUUGGUUGUUUGUUUGCUAGAAACAAAAAAAGAGCAUAUUUGUUUGCAUAUUCUGUUGUCUUUCAACUUUCCCUUCCUCCCACUGUUCUCUUGUUUUGCUGUGUCGCUCACCAAUUAUUCUCGUCUUGAGCCUCUCUCUCUCGCUCUCUCUCUCUCUCUCUCUCUAUCUUUUGUUCAUAUAAUGGCAAGCCAGCUCCCUAAGUACCCUGAAUCAGUCUAUGACUUCACUAUCAAGGAUGCUAAUGGAAAUGAUGUAGAUCUUAGCAUUUUCAAGGGAAAAGUCUUAUUAAUUGUUAAUGUUGCUUCUAAAUGUGGAUUGACCAACUCAAAUUACACAGAGCUGAAUCAGUUAUAUGAGAAGUACAAAGACCAAGGCCUUGAAAUAUUGGCAUUUCCAUGCAAUCAAUUUGGUGACCAGGAACCAGGAAGUAACGAUGAGAUUCAAGAAUUUGUCUGCACUCGCUUUAAAUCAGAAUUUCCUGUAUUUGGCAAGGUGGAAGUGAAUGGUGAGAAUGCUUUUCCACUGUACAAGUUCUUAAAGUCAGGCAAAUGGGGAAUUUUUGGUGAUGAUAUUCAAUGGAACUUCGCCAAAUUCCUUGUCAAUAAGGACGGGCAAGUUGUUGAUCGUUACUAUCCCACAACUUCUCCUCUAAGUCUCGAGCAUGACAUAAAGAAGCUAUUGGGGAUCUCAUGAGACACCGAGAUACAAAGGAUUCAUCAGGGUUCGUGAAGAUAUCAAAGCAUACGAAGUUUAAUCUUGUUCUGUGCAUGUUGAUGUGCCUUAAUAGACUUGUGAAAUCUGCUUUACAGAAUAUGAUAAUUAUAUGGAGCAUAAAAUGUUGCUAGGUGCAGUUUUUCUAAACUCCUUG